GUAUCGAUGGGUUAUUAUAUCGAUACGGUAUCUCAGUACACAGAAAAUUAUUUUAUGCUGAAAAAACGCACAAAACGCGCAUUGUAAACACAUUAAGAACAAACGCGCCCAGACCGCGACUCCUGGACAGGUCGGCAGCUAUAUAACUUGUACAGAUUGCAACUAAGUCGUAGUUUUAAGGAGCCGACACAAAGUUACAGCGUCAACAGCAGCCAACAGCAACAGCCCCAGCCCUCGCCCAACACCAACUACAGAAACAACAACAACAACCACCACCCUAACCAAGACAACAACAACAUCUAUAGCCGCACAAUCACACAAAGCACCAGCAGUAGCAGCAGCAGCAGCAAACGCAACAAAUAAUAUGCAGGCGAUUAAGUGUGUCGUCGUGGGUGAUGGUGCUGUGGGUAAAACAUGCCUGCUCAUCAGCUAUACGACAAAUGCAUUUCCCGGAGAGUAUAUUCCCACCGUCUUCGACAAUUACUCCGCCAAUGUGAUGGUCGAUGCGAAGCCCAUCAAUUUGGGCUUGUGGGAUACGGCAGGUCAGGAGGAUUAUGAUCGUUUGCGGCCAUUGUCGUAUCCACAGACAGAUGUCUUCCUCAUUUGCUUCUCGCUGGUAAAUCCAGCCUCGUUCGAGAAUGUGCGAGCUAAGUGGUAUCCAGAGGUGCGUCAUCAUUGCCCCAGCACGCCAAUCAUAUUGGUGGGCACCAAACUGGAUUUGCGCGACGACAAGAAUACAAUUGAGAAGCUGCGCGACAAGAAGCUAGCACCCAUUACAUACCCACAGGGUUUGGCCAUGGCUAAGGAAAUUGGAGCUGUUAAAUAUUUGGAAUGUUCGGCACUGACGCAAAAGGGCCUAAAGACCGUCUUCGAUGAGGCUAUUCGAUCGGUGCUCUGUCCCGUUCUGCAGCCCAAAUCCAAGCGCAAAUGCGCUCUACUCUAAUUUUAAGACGCACACACACACACAAGCCACACCAAUACACACACACACAAAGAACACCCACGAAGCAUUGUAUUUGUAUUUGUCGUCAAGUCUAUUUAAUAACGUAAUAUUAUUAACUAAUAACAAUUGUGUAAAAUAAGCAGCAGGAGCAGCAGCACGUUGAUUAUAGCAGAAGAAGAUGAUGAAGGAGAACGAAUCCAGUAAUUGGAACUGGAGUCUACGUCAACCUGCCUCUAUUUUCUGCUUUGUUAGAAAAACUUGCCCACACACACACACACACACACAAAUUUGGGGAAAACCGAAUUUUCUUACUAAUUUUUGUUACUCGUCGUCCUUUUGUUUAAACUUUAAACUUUUUGUCCUGUUUCGUUUAAGUGUGUUUGUUCCAUGUUUUCGCUUUUCUUUUCGAUUUGAACUAAUUUCAAACAUGUGCAUUAAUUUGAACUAAAAGUUAAUUAAAAAUUAAUGUUGUAAAACCAAAAAAAAAUCAAAAAAAAAAAAA